UUUCAAGUGGUUUWUUUACAUAGGCUGGAAGCACUUCGAGGGAAAGGUAACGCAUAUAUCUAACGAAAAUGCAGUGCUUUUUGAUUCUCUUUCUUGGUCUAUAUAGUACGACUAUAGUGCAGAUUAAUAGCUUUUGCUCAAGGUCGUAUGAUUACCCAGACUGGGAGGCGCAAUCAAUUGAACAACGGAGCCAGGACGCUGACAUUAUAGUCUAUGCCGAAGUAAUCAAAAGUCCUUGUCACAAACCAGAGCSGCUAACUACGACAACGCAAGCUCCUAUUACGACAGCUGCAACUAUCUUAGAAAAAAUUGGUCUGGGGAACUCGACUAGCAAUGAGAGUUUAAGUAGUAACUAUACGAAUACUUCUGUGCCGGAGACGACUCCAGCGCCCACUACUACCGCGGCACCGACUAGCACCGCUAUUCCUACCACGCUUCCCUCACACAACUGCAGUUUUGGAUCGUAUAAUGCGAGCUUAAGAAUCCACUGUGUUAUCAAAGGUGGCGCGAUACCUGAGUAUAUAAAUCUGGAAGAGCUUGGAUUAGGGAAUGGAACGUGUUUUUUUAGGGAACUGAAUGAGACUGAGCAUGACUUAGAAGGCACAACGUCGCUAAUGAAGACAGCUUCACCCUUCACACCGUAAACGUCCAACCCGCCACMAAGGAGAUAGUCAACGCUACAGAGCUGAAACCCAUCUUCAAAGUCGYUGGUCGCCAUGCUCACGCGGCCAUAGAUGUCUGGGUCAACAAGACCGAUCCUAUCUGUAAACCGUACAGCGGAGCUACUAGUCACACGCUUUUCUCGCUUGCUUCGAUGUUUCUGAUCACUAUGUCCACAUCUUUCUUGUAUUAGAUUCAAUGACWUUUUCAAGGACUUGUAGAUACUAUAUACAUCGAGGAGGAGAUUUAUUGGRGAGAUUCUCUGCYAGCAGAGUCUCUCUUCUCUUUCUCUCCCUUCUUUYAGGCGGGGAGCGAAAGAGACUGCCGAUGUAGAGCGUUUCUUUUGAUACACCGCCGUCCACGAUCGUGGAGGAACAAAACCAGUCUUAAAACCGGUUUUUAACCGACUACAUGUAGUGCGCAUGAGCAAAUGUAACACACGGUGGCGCCAAACAUUGUUUGACGAGAGCGGCUGUCAAAAUCAUGACAGCGUUGCUAAGUUACGCCACGCAUGCGCGACAGAAAUAACGUMAUACAUCGGCAGRGUCUAUUUUUCUCUCUCAACCAAAACAAAAGGAAAAUAGGCUCGGCUAGCAGGGAAUUGGGGAGAGGGUGGGUUGUGGGAAAUUCUAAAAGAGACUUUUACUUCAUUAUGUGCGUCAAAAAUAAUAAAGUGCACUCACUAAAGGAUUUGAACCUUCCAUACGUAUUGCUGAUAAAUAWAAAUAAAAGAUGUUGAAAAGAAA